CCUAAACAAAAGGUGUUUCUUUUUCAACCGUCAAAGAUUUUCUGUCCUAAUCAGACUCGAAUCAUUUUUGUUCGGUGCGGCGCUAAGUAAGAAGAAAGUCGUUUCCCAGUUAGGUCUAAACCAGAACUAAACGAGUUCUAAACCAGGAUCAAACCGGGACUAAACCACGUCUAAAUCAGGACCAAACCAGAUCUAAACCAGGGCAAAACCAAGUCUAAACCAGGACUAAACUAGAUCUAACCCAGGACCGAACCAGUUCCAAAGUGAAGCAGGUGUAUGAGGAGAAAUGUGUCGGGUCCCGGUGCAGCUGAGAGAGGCAGUGAAGCAGCGUCUGGCUGCGGCUGCGGAGGAGAUCUUUGAGCUUUUGGAGAAAACCAUCGCAGAAUAUGAAGAAGAGACCGAGAGACAGAGACAGAGUCUCCUGGAGCAGCUGCUCCACACACGGGGACAAGCACAGGGACUCAAGACAGAAGACGCAGAGCCCCCCCACGCCCCCCACUUCAAAGAUGGGGCAUCAGGCAGUGACGUCGUCAUGUUACAGCUUUACAUGAAGCCAGAAGAAAUGGCGCCUUUACCAGUGUGUGAGACGGAAGAAAGGGGUGUGAAGAUGGAGGAGGAAGACACCCCCCUACUGCCCCAAGAGCAGCCCGAGGAGCAGGCCAAGGAGCAGGCCAAGGAGCAGCCCCAGGACCUGCCCCAGGAGCAUAUCCAGGACCUGCCCCAGGACCUGCCCCAGGACCUGCCCCAGGACCUGCCCCAGGACCUGCCCCAGGACCUGCCCCAGGACCUGCCCCAGGACCUGCCCCAGGACCUGCCCCAGGACCUGCCCCAGGACCUGCCCCAGGACUGCCCUGAGCCUCCAGCCCCUCAGCCUCCUGUAGAGGGCACUCACCUCUGCCUGUUCUGUAAUAAAAAGUACAAGUGGAGUUACGAGCUGAAGCGGCACAUGAGGAUCCACUCGGAUGAGGCUUUGAGCUGUCCAGUUUGUGGGAAGAAAUUUUUCCGGAAAGACCAUCUCCAGACACACAUGGUUGUCCACUCCAAGGCCAAACCCUUCACUUGCUCUGUCUGCGGAAUGUCAAUGAAAACCCGCAGUAACCUCGAGCGUCAUAUGUCUAAACACAAGAGCCUGAAGAGCCCCCGUGGUCCAGAGGAGGGAGCUGUGCUGGCCCAGACCAAACACUGGAGCCUGAAGAGACCCCGUGGUCCAGAGGAGGGAAAUGUGCUAGCCCCAGGCUCCAGGAGGACCACGUCUCUCAGUCACUUCUGUGCUGUGUGCAGCAAAGGUUUCGCUUCACUUUAUCACCUCCAACGGCACAUCCCGGUGCACAGGAACAAACCUUACAACUGUUCAGUAUGUGGCAUCUCCAUGAAGAGCAGCAGUAACCUGGAGCGUCACAUGGCCAAACAUCAAACCAGUGAUGGCAGCAGUCCUCCGGGGGGUGCCAUGCUGGUUCCCUCUCACUCCAAGCGUGAGAAGACCAAAGUGCAGCAUCACUUCUGUGUUUUCUGCAGCAAAGGCUUUAACUGUAGGUCCAACCUUCGCCGCCACAUCCGAGUCCACACCGGGGAGAAACCUUACAGUUGCUCAGUCUGUGAUCAGAGCUUCUCAAGGAACUACCACCUACAGAGCCACAUGAAGGUCCACAGCAGACAGAGCGCCUUCAGCUGUUCAGUUUGUAAGAAGACCUUUACAAACAAACAAGACCUGAAGAAUCACCAACAAGUCCAUGAGAACCAGGAGCCAGAAGGUACCAGCCUCAUCUACUGCAGCAUCGAGUGAAAUAUGGGACUGAACUAGCUCUGAAGUAGGACUAAAGAUGGACUAAACCAGAACUAAAACCAGACUAGAGCGGGGACUAGAGCAGGAAGACUAGAGCAGGAAGACUAGAGCAGGAAGACUAGAGCAGGAAGACUAGAGCAGGAAGACUAGAGCAGGAAGACUAGAGCAGGAAGACUAGAGCAGGAAGACUAGAGCAGGAAGACUAGGGUUUGGACUUGUCAAAAGUAUCACUACAUAUACUUAAUUUCCCAUUGACAAGACAAAAAUGAACGUUUCCUGAAUAGCUUUAGAAUGAUCUUGAGCUGUAUCAGAACAAGUGUAAGACACAUAGACUUGCAUAAACCCAUGGACCACUAGGAAACCUACCUGGAUGACUGAGGGAUUACACAGAUAUAAGGCCACAUUGGAAUAGAAAAGAAAGUACCUUAUUUUCUGGACUAUAAGUCGCACUUUUUUCAUAGUUUGGCUGGGGGUGCAACUUAUAUGUGAAAUUAUUGAAAUAUAUAAUUUCGCAUCUUCGUUACUCUCACACUGACAACUAUGCGAGGCCACAUGGAAGCGGCGCUUCAUCUACCUCCAGCAGGCGGAGUUGUUCACAAGCCACAUCGAGGAUGAACAAUUCAAUGGAUUUAGUGAUUUUGAGUGAGAUCCAGAGUAAACUUGUUAGCUUGUUUUUAUGCUUUAGUUAUCUGAUUAACUGUUAAUAUCUUACAUUAACAUACCGGUUAUGACCGAUAGUCGAACCUCGGAUUCAGGAGGAGCAGUGUGGUUUUCGUCCUGGUCGUGGAACACUGGACCAGCUCUAUACUCUUCAUCGGGUCCUCGAGGGCUCAUGGGAGUAUGCCCAACCAGUCCACAUGUGUUUUGUGGAUCUGGAGAAGGCAUUCGACCGUGUCCCUCGUGGUGCCCUUUGGGGGGUGCUCUGGGAAUAUGGGGUCCAGGGCCCUUUGCUAAGGGCUGUCCGGUCCCUGUAUGACCGGAGCAGGAGCUGUGUUCGCAUUGCCGGCAGUAAGUCAGACCUGUUCCCGGUGCAUGUUGGACUCCGCCAGGGCUGCCCUUUGUCACCGGUUCUGUUCAUUAUAUUUAUGGACAGAAUUUCUAGGCGCAGCCAGGGGCUGGAGGGGGCCUGGUUUGGGAACCACAGGAUUUCAUCUCUGCUGUUUGCAGAUGAUAUUGUCCUGAUGGCUUCUUCGAGCCAGGACCUGCAGCAGGCACUGGGGCGGUUUGCAGCCGAGUGUGAAGUGGCUGGGAUGAGAAUCAGCUCCUCCAAAUCCGAGGCCAUGGUUCUCGACCGGAAAAAGGUGGUUUGCUCUCUCCGGGUGGGUGGUGAGUCUCUGCCCCAAGUGGAGGAGUUCAAGUAUCUCGGGGUCUUGUUCACGAGUGAGGGAAGGAUGGAGCGGGAGAUUGACAGGCGGAUCGGUGCAGCGUCUGCAGUGAUGCGGUCGCUGUAUCGGUCCGUUGUGGUAAAGAAGGAGCUGAGCCGGAAGGCGAAGCUCUCGAUUUACCGGUCAAUCUACGUUCCUACCCUCACCUAUGGUCAUGAGCUCUGGGUAAUGACCGAAAGGACAAGAUCGCGGAUACAAGCGGCUGAAAUGGGCUUCCUCCGCAGAGUGGCCGGGCGCACCCUUAGGGAUAGGGUGAGGAGCUCGGUCACACGGGAGGAGCUCGGAGUAGAGCCGCUGCUCCUACACGUUGAGAGGAACCAGUUGAGGUGGCUCGGGCAUCUGCUCAGGAUGCCUCCUGGACGCCUCCCUAGGGAGGUGUUCUGGGCAUGUCCCACCGGGAGGAGGCCCCGGGGAAGACCCAGGACACGCUGGAGGGACUAUGUCUCUCGGCUGGCCUGGGAACGCCUUGGGGUCCCACCGGAGGAGCUGGAGGACGUGUCCGGGGUGAGGGAAGUCUGGGAGUCCCUGCUUGGACUGCUGCCCCCGCGACCCGGCUCCGGAUAAGCGGAAGAAAAUGGAUGGAUGGAUGGAACAUACCGGACAAGCAUUCAGUUCGUUGUCUAUGCUUCAUGUAUAUGUUUUACGUAUGUUAGGUAACAGCUGAUAAUACAUGUUAGAGUUCACUUGUUUGACCACUAGAUGGUGCGGUUGUGUUUGUAAUACCUGUAAGAAAAUGUACUUGACUCAUUUUCUUUUAUACUUUUCAUAUUUAAUUUCUUCUUCUUUAUUUCCCCUUCAUUUAUAAGGCCAUAAAGGUGAUAAUUUUUCAUUUGGGACAAUAUUGUAAAUGUUUAGUUUAUCAUAAGUCUAGUUUAAGGUUGCGAAAACUACUUCCUGUUUUCCGGUUCAGCCCUUUACACUAUUGCUAAGUCUUACCCAGCAGAGUACUAUUUAAGAAACAUUUGAAAAGUAAAAUAUAAAGUUUUAGGUUCAGUGGUUAGUUUACUAGCAGGCCAAAGUGGUAUGUAUAUUUUCCAUGUGUUCAUGUGCAGUUUUGUGUGUAUAUGUAAUAUGAGCCAGAGCUUAUGUUAUAUUUGAUGUGUUUGCUAGUUCUACAGUGUGAACUGUGAUAAAGAAGUAAGACCACAGUAAACAUCAGUGAAAAGAACUCUCGUGUCUCUCGUGUUUGUGGACAAGCCGCAUAUGUUACGUUAGCAGAGCGUAUCUGAUUAACUGUUAAUAUCUUCCAUUAACAUAGCAGACACGUAUUUAGUUUGUUGUCUAUGUUUUAGCGUGCUGUACUGCUAUUCAGCCUGUUG